ACCAUACUCGCAAUUGCAAGUCAAAGGAUACGGAAUAAAUGUCAUAGAAAAACAUGCCCCUCCGCACCCGCCGUCCAUCCCCCUGUACAGUCGAAUUCACCUACAGCGACAGACCCCCCCUCUCACCCCUCCAACACCGCACCUACACCCUCAUCAACCUCAUCCUGCGCUCUCUCGCCAUCGUGGUCGCGGGGUUGGGGGUAUUGCUGAAGUUGGAGAAGGUACCGGAUGAGGUGGGGUGGGUUAGGGGUUUGGCGCCGGUGUGGGUGUGGGUUUUGGGGGCUGGGGUGUUGUGGAGUUUACCACCGUCUCUACCACAAGAAGAAUCCCUCCUCGCCCUCCGCUCCCUCGGCCUCCAAACAACCUCCUCCCGCCACCCCUUCCCUUUCUUUUCCUCCGCCUCCCGGUUCAUCCCAAUCUCCGCAAUCAAAGACGUGAUCAUUCACGAAGCUAUCAUAGGACUCGAAGUACGGUAUUAUUUGGCUGUGCUGGUGGAGGGGGAGGAUGUGUUGGAGGUUGUGUUUGGGGGGUUGGUGCCGAGGAGGGGGGUGCUUGAGGAGGUUUGGAGGGGGGUAAGGGAGG